AUGCCCAGAGAAAUCAUUACGAUUCAGGCGGGCCAGUGCGGCAAUAGCAUCGGUAGCCAGUUUUGGCAGCAGCUAUGCCAGGAACACGGUAUCAAUCAAGACGGUAACCUCGAAGAUUUUGCCACAGAGGGUGGUGAUCGCAAGGAUGUCUUCUACUACCAGAGUGACGAUACGAGAUAUAUUCCCCGAGCAAUUCUAAUAGAUCUCGAACCCCGCGUCAUCAAUGGUAUACAAACUGGCCCUUACAAAAACAUCUACAACCCAGAGAACUUCUAUGUCGGUAAAAGUGGCAUCGGCGCAGGGAACAACUGGGGUGAUGGGUACCAGACCGGUGAGGCCGUCCACGAGGAGAUCAUGGAGAUGAUAGAGCGCGAAGCAGAUGGCAGUGAUUCUCUUGAGGGGUUCAUGCUACUUCAUUCUAUUGCUGGAGGUACAGGCUCCGGUCUAGGCUCCUUUCUUCUGGAACGGAUGAACGACAGAUUCCCCAAGAAGAUCAUCCAGACGUACUCAGUGUUCCCUGAUACCACAAAUUCAGGAGAUGUCGUCGUUCACCCAUAUAACAGUCUUCCUCCAUGA